CCGCUUCCUGAACGGCGGGUGGGUAGAGCAGGCUGGCGCGGCCCGGGGACCGGCGGGACACACUCGCUCCGGGGCCGAGGAGCCAGCAUCGCGGCCGGGCAUGGCCGGCGAGCGGACCCGCAGGUUCACCCGGAGCCUGCUGAGACCCGGGCAGGCCGCCGAGCUCCGGCACAGCGCCGCGUCCGCCGCCGCGGUGGCCGUCAGCAGCCGUCAGCAGCAGCGGCAGGAAAAACCCAGACUCUUGGAGCCUUUGGAUUAUGAAACUGUCAUUGAAGAACUUGAAAAGACCUAUCGGAACGAUCCUCUUCAAGAUCUUCUCUUCUUCCCCAGUGAUGACUUCUCAACAGCCACGGUUCCUUGGGAUAUCCGAACGCUGUAUUCAACAGUACCGGAAGAGGCAGAGCACAAAGCAGAGAGUUUGCUGGUAAAAGAGGCUUGUAAAUUCUACAGUUCCCAGUGGUACGUGGUAAACUACAAAUAUGAACAAUAUUCUGGAGACAUUCGACAGUUAUCCCGAGCCGAACACAAGCCAGAGAAGCUUCCUUCACAUUCCUUUGAGGUUGACCAUGAAGAUGCUGAUAAGGACGAAGAUACCACAUCCCACUCAUCUUCCAAGGGCGGCGGAGGAACCGGAGGCACUGGCGUGUUCAAGUCAGGCUGGCUCUACAAGGGGAAUUUCAACAGCACUGUGAACAACACUGUCACGGUCCGGUCAUUCAAAAAGCGCUACUUCCAGCUGACUCAGCUGCCAGAUAACUCCUACAUUAUGAACUUUUACAAAGAUGAAAAGAUAUCCAAAGAACCCAAAGGCUGCAUCUUUUUGGAUUCCUGCACGGGUGUGAUACAGAAUAACAGGCUGAGGAAAUAUGCCUUUGAAUUGAAAAUGAACGACCUGACCUAUUUUGUGCUGGCAGCUGAAACCGAGUCAGAUAUGGACGAGUGGAUUCACACACUCAACCGCAUCCUGCAGAUCAGUCCUGAGGGGCCACUCCAGGGAAGGAAGAGCGCAGAGCUUGCUGAGCUGGUGCUGGAUCCAUUGGAUAAUUCUGUGACUUGUGAAUGUACACUGGAGGAAACAGAUUCUUCAGAGAACAGCCUACAUCCCGACUUUGCAAAAUACCUCACAGAAACUGAGGACACGGUCAAAACAACGCGAAACAUGGACAGGCUCAAUCUGUUCUCACUGGACCCAGACAUAGACACACUGAAGCUUCAAAAAAGGGACCUUUUUGAACAUGAGUUUGGGAUCAAACCCUUUGAAGAGAAAGCUGCCAAGAGGAUCAUGAUCAUCUGUAGAGCUCUCAACUUAAAUCUUCAGGGAUGUGUUACAGAGAACGAAAAUGACCCUGUAACCAAUAUUGAGCCUUUUUUUGUGAGUGUGGCGCUUUAUGACCUCAGAGAUAGCCGGAAGAUCUCCGCCGACUUCCACGUGGAUCUGAAUCACCCUGCUGUCCGGCAGAUGCUCUCCGCGACGCCACCGGCCUUGGAAAACGGCAACAUGGACACUGGGGGCACACCGAGACAAUCAGAAGAACCUCACAUAAAGGGCAUUCCAGAGGAGUGGUUAAAAUUCCCAAAGCAGGCUAUAUUCUCUGUGAGUGAUCCACACUCUGAAAUUGUUUUGGUGGCCAAAGUCGAAAAAGUCUUAAUGGGAAACAUUGGGAGUGGUGCAGAACCUUAUAUUAAGAACCCAGAUUCCAACAAGUUUGCACAAAAAAUACUCAAAUCCAAUAGGCAGUUCUGCAGCAAAUUGGGGAAAUAUCGGAUGCCAUUUGCUUGGGCCGUGAGAUCUGUAUUUAAGGACAACCAGGGAAACGUGGACAGAGACUCAAGAUUUUCUCCAUUGUAUAGACAAGAAAGUAGCAAGAUUUCAGCUGAGGACCUGCUUAAACUGGUAUCAGACUACAGACGAGCUGACCGGACAGGCAAAAUGCAGACCAUCCCUGGAAGCCUGGACAUUGUUGUGGACAACAUUCCCUUGGAGCAGCCAAACUGUGUAACAUCGUCCUUUAUCCCUGUCAAGCCUUUCAACGUGAUGGCUCAGUCAGAACCUACAGUGGAGGUGGAAGAAUUGAUUUAUGACUCAACAAAGCAUUGCCGACCAUACAGAGUGUACAAAAAUCAAAUUUAUGUCUACCCCAAACAUCUCAAGUACGAUAGCCAGAAAUGCUUCAACAAGGCACGAAAUAUAACUGUGUGCAUUGAAUUCAAAAAUUCUGAUGAAGAUGGUUCCAAGGCCGUGAAGUGUAUUUAUGGAAAACCUGGAGGGCCGCUCUUCACUUCAGCUGCCUACACAGCUGUUCUGCACCAUUCUCAAAAUCCAGAUUUCUCUGAUGAGGUGAAAAUUGAGCUACCAACACAACUUCAUGAAAAACACCAUCUUUUAUUUUCUUUUUAUCACAUCACAUGUGACAUCAAUGCCAAAGCUAACGCCAAAAAGAAAGAGGCUCUGGAGACUUCAGUGGGAUAUGCUUGGCUUCCUCUGGUGAAACAUGAUCAAAUAGCUUCUCAGGAGUAUAAUAUCCCAAUAACAACCACCCUGCCUCCAAAUUAUUUAAGCAUUCAAGAUUCUGCAAGUGGAAAGCAUGGAGGAAGCGACAUUAAAUGGGUCGAUGGUGGCAAACCACUUUUCAAAGUGUCAACAUUUGUUGUAUCAACAGUGAACACUCAGGACCCACAUGUGAAUGCAUUUUUCCAUCAGUGCCAAAAGAGAGAAAAAGACAUGUCUCAGUCACCUACCUCGAGUUUUGUCCGUGCUUGUAAGAACUUACUAAAUGUGGACAAGAUCCACUCGAUCAUCAGCUUCCUGCCUAUCAUCCUGAAUCAGCUCUUCAAAAUUCUAGUGCAGAAUGAGGAAGAAGAAAUCACUGCGACCGUCACCAGGGUUCUGGCUGACAUUGUGGCCAAGUGUCAUGAGGAGCAGCUAGACCAUUCCGUCCAGUCAUACAUUAAGUUUGUAUUCAAGACCAGGUCCUACAAAGAGAGAACGAUACAUGAGGAACUGGCUAAAAAUUUGAGUGAUCUUUUGAAGUCAAAUGAUUCAACGAUAGUCAAGCAUGUCCUAAAGCAUUCUUGGUUCUUCUUUGCAAUUAUUCUAAAAUCAAUGGCACAGCACUUGAUUGAUACAAAUAAAAUUCAGCUUCCCAGAGCUCAAAGAUUCCCUGAGUCUUACCAAAGUGAACUCGACAAUCUGGUGAUGGGCCUGUGCGACCAUGUGAUUUGGAAAUACAAGGAUGCCCUGGAGGAAACAAAAAGAGCGAACCACAGUGUCGCCAGAUUCCUUAAGCGCUGCUUUACAUUUAUGGACCGGGGAUUCGUGUUUAAGAUGGUGAACAAUUACAUCAGCAUGUUCUCCUCUGGUGAGUUCAAGACUUUAUGCCAGUAUAAAUUUGAUUUUCUUCAAGAAGUUUGUCAACAUGAGCACUUCAUUCCCCUGUGCCUCCCCAUAAGAUCAGCAAACAUCCCAGAUCCUCUGACACCUUCAGAAUCAAUUCAAGAGUUACAUGCCUCAGAUAUGCCUGAAUACUCGGUCACAAAUGAAUUUUGCCGCAAACACUUCUUAAUCGGAAUUCUGCUCCGGGAAGUCGGAUUUGCCCUGCAGGAGGAUCAAGAUAUCAGACACUUAGCUUUGGCUGUCCUAAAAAAUCUAAUGGCUAAACAUUCUUUCGAUGAUCGAUACAGAGAACCCAGGAAGCAGGCACAGAUAGCGAGUCUGUACAUGCCUCUGUAUGGCAUGCUGCUGGACAAUAUGCCAAGAAUCUACCUGAAGGACCUGUAUCCUUUCACUGUGAAUACGUCCAAUCAGGGAUCUAGAGAUGACUUAAGCACUAAUGGAGGAUUCCAAACCCAGACGUCCAUGAAACAUGCAACUUCUGUGGAUACAUCAUUUUCCAAAGAUGUUUUAAAUUCCAUAGCAGCAUUUUCAUCAAUAGCUAUUUCUACAGUGAACCAUGCAGAUUCCAGAGCAUCCUUAGCAAGCCUCGACUCCAACCCAAGCACCACAGAGAAGAGCAGUGAGAAGACAGACACCUGUGAAAAGAUCCCAAGGCCCUUAUCUUUGAUUGGGUCAACUCUUCGAUUUGACAAAUUAGAUCAAGCAGAAACCAGGAGUCUUCUUAUGUGCUUUCUUCAUAUUAUGAAGACCAUUUCAGUUGAGACUCUGAUUGCCUACUGGCAGAGAGCUCCCAGUCCUGAGGUGUCAGACUUCUUCAGCAUCUUGGAUGUUUGUCUUCAAAAUUUUAGAUACCUGGGAAAACGCAAUAUAAUAAGAAAAAUCGCUGCAGCGUUUAAGUUUGUGCAGUCUACCCAGAACAACGGAACUCUGAAAGGAUCCAAUCCUUCCUGCCAGAACUCAGGUCUCUUGUCACAAUGGAUGCAUACCACUUCUGGUCACGAAGGACAUAAGCAGCACCGAUCUCAAACUUUGCCUAUAAUUCGGGGCAAAAAUGCACUUUCCAACCCCAAACUUUUACAGAUGCUGGACAACACCAUGAACAGCAACUCCAAUGAAAUAGACAUUGUCCACCAUGUAGACACUGAGGCCAAUAUAGCCACAGAGGUUUGCCUCACUAUUCUAGACCUGCUGUCUCUCUUCACUCAAGUCCACCAGAGACAACUCCAACAAUCUGACUGUCAAAACUCACUCAUGAAAAGGGUCUUUGAUACUUAUAUGCUGUUUUUCCAAGUCAACCAGUCAGCCACAGCCCUGAAACAUGUGUUUGCUUCUUUGAGACUGUUUGUGUGCAAGUUUCCUUCAGCAUUUUUUCAAGGGCCUGCUGACCUCUGUGGAUCAUUCUGCUAUGAAGUCCUCAAAUGCUGUAACCACAGGUCACGGUCGACUCAGAUGGAGGCCUCUGCCCUUCUGUACUUCUUCAUGAGGAAGAAUUUUGAAUUUAACAAGCAGAAGUCUAUUGUCCGGUCUCACCUACAACUCAUCAAGGCAGUGAGCCAGUUAAUAGCCGAUGCAGGGAUUGGAGGAUCUCGGUUUCAACAUUCCCUUGCAAUUACCAACAAUUUUGCCAAUGGAGAUAAACAGAUGAAAAACAGCAAUUUCCCAGCAGAGGUGAAAGAUCUGACUAAACGUAUAAGGACUGUUUUGAUGGCCACAGCCCAGAUGAAAGAGCAUGAGAAGGACCCUGAGAUGCUGGUGGACCUCCAAUACAGCCUAGCAAACUCCUACGCAAGUACCCCUGAGCUGCGGAGGACCUGGCUGGAGAGCAUGGCCAAGAUUCAUGCAAGAAAUGGAGAUCUGUCUGAGGCUGCUAUGUGUUACAUCCAUAUAGCUGCACUCAUCGCAGAAUACCUCAAACGCAAGGGUUACUGGAAAAUGGAAAAGAUUUGCCCACCACCCCUGCUUCCAGAAGACACCCAUCCCUGUGGUAACAACCCAUUACUAACAACUCCAGGUGGAGGAAGCAUGUUCUCUAUGGGAUGGCCAGCUUUUCUGAGCAUCACUCCAAACAUUAAAGAAGAAGGAGCAAUGAAAGAGGAUUCUGGAAUGCAAGAUACACCAUACAAUGAGAAUAUCCUGGUGGAACAGCUAUACAUGUGCGUGGAGUUCCUGUGGAAGUCUGAACGAUACGAACUCAUCGCUGAUGUCAAUAAGCCCAUCAUCGCGGUCUUUGAAAAGCAACGAGACUUCAAAAAACUAUCCGAUCUCUACUACGACAUCCACCGAUCCUAUCUGAAAGUGGCAGAGGUGGUGAAUUCCGAGAAGCGCUUGUUUGGUCGCUACUACAGAGUGGCAUUUUACGGGCAGGCUGUGGGAUUCUUUGAGGAGGAGGAAGGUAAAGAGUAUAUCUACAAAGAGCCUAAGCUGACAGGUCUCUCAGAGAUUUCCCAAAGACUUCUCAAGCUCUAUGCAGACAAAUUCGGACCAGACAACGUGAAGAUAAUUCAGGACUCCAAUAAGGUAAACCCCAAGGAUCUGGACCCCAAGUAUGCCUAUAUUCAGGUGACCUAUGUCACGCCCUUCUUUGAAGAAAAGGAGAUAGAGGACCGGAAGACAGAUUUUGAGAUGCAUCACAACAUCAAUCGCUUUGUCUUUGAGACACCCUUCACUCUGUCAGGCAAGAAGCAUGGAGGAGUGGCCGAGCAGUGCAAGCGGAGGACUGUCUUGACCACCAGCCACUUGUUCCCCUAUGUGAAGAAGAGGAUCCAGGUCAUCAGCCAGUCGAGUACAGAACUGAAUCCCAUUGAAGUGGCAAUUGAUGAGAUGUCCAGGAAGGUCUCUGAGCUUAAUCAGCUGUGCACAACAGAUGAGGUGGACAUGAUCAGACUACAGCUCAAACUGCAAGGCAGUGUCAGCGUCAAGGUCAAUGCUGGCCCAAUGGCUUAUGCCCGAGCCUUUCUUGAAGAGACUAAUGCAAAGAAAUACCCUGAUAACCAAGUAAAGCUAUUGAAGGAAAUAUUCAGGCAAUUUGCAGAUGCAUGUGGGCAGGCUCUUGAUGUAAAUGAGCGUCUCAUCAAGGAGGACCAGCUGGAGUACCAGGAAGAACUGAGGUCCCAUUAUAAGGACAUGCUCAGUGAACUGUCCACCAUCAUGAACGAGCAGCUCUGUCGAGGUCCGUGUCUCUACAGCUUCUGCUCCUCUGUGUCUAGCAUUUCCCUCAGCACUGUGAGCAAAAGUGGUAUGUUCUUCUUUCCUCCGUACGCCUGUCCUGCCCUGCAGCCUUCUGUCCACCCACCUCUUCCUCCCUGGUCCUUUGCCCCCGUCAGCUUCUGUGGCUCAGCGUCUCUAAGUCUCCAUUGCCUCUCUAAGAUGUGUCACGCUAACAGCUCAGCUGUGAAAAAUAAAACCCGUGCUCCUUUGCCUCUAAACAUAUUUGAGCUCCUUCGUUUUUUAAAUAUACAGAACUGAAAGGUUUUUGUGAUACUUCAAAAUACAAAACAAAAAUACAAAGACCAGGUGGUCCAGAGGAGAGAAAAAAAUAUUUUUUUAACAAAAGAAGUAAAAUUGGGCUCUCUGCUUCCUGGAAACUGAUCAAAGAGAAAAACCUGAUGGGUUUCACUGGUCUCGUUAUUCAGUAAAAGAAAUAUAUCUGUUGGAAAGAAAUGUGACUUCUCUGCUGGUCCUGGGCUUAUAAUGGGGCCUGGUCAAUAACUUCCUUCAUCUCAAUGUAAAUGCGCAUGCUCCAGAAACAGGUAAUUAAGUGGUGAGAGAACUUACCAGCUGGGCUUUGAAAAUCAGAAACAGUUAGAAUCAAAUGACAUAUAAAUAGAAACACAAAAUUAAUUAUGCUAUACACACCCCCAUAGGGCCAAGAAAAGUAUUAGCUUACAGAAUACUAAAAUAAAAUAAAUGCCAUUAGGGGAAAACCCUCAAUAUCAGAGGAAAUAGGGCCAUGCAUAUAACACAUGCCUGUGGUCUCAACACAGGACAGGAGGACAGGAGGACACAAGGACAGGAGGACAGGAGUAGUUGGAGAUCAUCAUCAGCUACAUAGCAAGCUUGAGACCAGUCUGGGAUACAUGAGAUCCCUUCUCAAAAAGAAAAUAAGUACCUGUAGAGGCCAGCGAGAUGUCUCUCUUGGUGACAUCUCUUGUCCCCAUGCCUGAUGACCUGAGUUCAGCCACUGGGACCCAUAUGGUAGAAAAAGAGAACUCACCCCCACAAGCUGCCUUCUGGCUUCCACAUACAUACUGUGGCAUGUGUGCACCCAUGCACAUACAUGCACCCACGCACUUUUUUUAAAAAAAGAAAGGUAGGAAACAGAAUCAAGAUAGAGUCAUGCUAGUGUGUAAAAUGGAGACGUGGAAAACAAGUAAUUUGAAUUGGUAGUGACAGGCAACCAUUUCUUUAAUCGGCAGCCAGAAUUUCACACUGUUUCAUAAACAGCCAAAAACCAAAAACCGUAAAGAACUUUCUUUGGCUGGGGCCAGUGGAAUUCACACAAGCAUGCAAAUGAAGAAUAAAUAUAAGAUGCUCUUUUGGAGUGUGUUUCAACUGAGGGAGAAUGGCGGAAGAGUGAAGUCAGCCGUGGUCAUGAGUAUCCAACUUAAAACGCAGAGAUGGGACCAGAGCCAUUCUGUCCUGAUGCCAAGAAAGUGAGAUGUGAGAGCAUCUUGCUGUUAGAGACUGAGAUAUACUUGAAACACAUAAAGAGCCAAAUCAUAUAUGCAGCAUCGCAUAACACUGGCCCGAAGGAGGAUGUAUGGCAAACACAUGACCCUCAGCUGCCGAGUCCUCUGUCUGAAAAAGCCCUUGGAAGAGAGGUGAAGCUAACAUCACACACAUAGACAACAGCACAGCAUGAUGCUGUGUAAGGUUAGUGAGGAAAUCAUAAGUAGGAAUUUAAAAUGCUCGUCAAAUCUCUUUUGUACAAAGAUAAACUGCAGAGAUACACCUGCAGUUUCCGUGGGUCUGCAGUUACUGUUUGCAUAAGGUCAUUUUGAUAGAGCUGCCAAAGUAUCCCUUAGACAUAUUGAUAGUAUUUUCAGAUACAUCAGAUUGAUUUUAUUAUACUCCCAUGAGUCCAAACAUUUAAGUGAGUUUUCCGAUGUUUUCCCCUUUAGGGUAGAUGUUGGCAAUAAAUUAUAAAUUCUUGAACUAGAAUGAGACACUAGAAUCACUCACGUACAUUUGCAGCCAUUUAAACAUUUAUAAAUUUGUAUCUGACAGUCAAAAAGUAUAGUAAAGCUACUUUCAACAUCCCCAUGGCAACCAGCAUAUGGGCUUCGAAGAAAAUAUCCUUCAGAACUACUUUGACUAGGAUAUUUUCCAAACUUACUAACGCCCCAUUGGGAAUGAGUCACUAUUAAGGGUUUUAAUUCUGUGUUUGAGGAUAUGAAAAUUGAUCUCUCGUCAUUUUGUAUGCAUGUGUCGUAUCUGUCUU